AAAAUCGUCGCGUUUGGUAUCGUGUCGUGCCGCUCUUCUCGUCUUCCCUCCUCAUAACUCUUCCUCCACCUACUGCUCCGUCUUGAUCGGGGAGCUCGCCGGAUCCGCGAGGGGGAAGUUUCGCGGGGCCCUCGAGCGCGGCGAUGGGCAGCUUGGGAGGUAGCGGCGGCGCAGGGGCCAGCGGCAAGGUCGGGCUUCCGGCUCUGGACGUGGCGCUCGCGUUCCCUCAGGCCACGCCGGCGUCGCUCUUCCCGCCCGCCGUGUCGGACUAUUAUCAGUUUGAUGAUUUGCUGACUGAUGAAGAGAAGGCACUCAGGAAGAAGGUCCGAGGCAUUAUGGAAAAGGAAAUUGCGCCCAUUAUGACUGAAUACUGGGAGAAGGCAGAAUUCCCAUUUCAUGCCAUUCCCAACCUUGGAACUCUUGGCUUAGCUGGUGGUACAAUAAAGGGGUAUGGGUGCCCAGGACUGUCACUUACAGCUAGUGCUAUUUGCAUAGCAGAAGUUGCACGUGUCGAUGCGAGCUGCUCCACAUUUAUUUUAGUACACUCCUCUUUGGCUAUGUCCACGAUUGCCCUUUGUGGAUCAGAGGCUCAAAAGCAGAAAUACUUGCCAUCACUUGCCCAGUUCAAGACUGUUGGUUGUUGGGCAUUGACAGAGCCAGAUUAUGGAAGUGAUGCAAGCUCCUUAAGGACUGCAGCAACCAAGGUACCUGGUGGUUGGCAUUUGGAUGGCCAAAAGCGUUGGAUAGGUAACAGCACAUUUGCAGAUGUGCUCAUCAUUUUAGCUAGGAAUGCAGAUACAAAACAACUAAACGGAUUUAUUGUGAAGAAAGGUGCUCCUGGUCUAAAAGCCACAAAAAUUGAAAACAAAAUUGGACUCCGAAUGGUUCAAAAUGGAGACAUAAUUCUUAAUAAAGUAUUUGUCCCUGAGGAAGACAGAUUAACAGGUAUCAAUUCAUUUCAGGAUAUAAACAAGGUCCUCGCUAUGUCUCGCAUUAUGGUGGCAUGGCAACCCAUAGGCAUAUCAAUGGGAGUUUUUGACAUGUGCCAUCGGUAUUUGAAAGAAAGGAAACAAUUUGGAGCCCCACUGGCAGCUUUUCAGCUCAACCAAGAGAAGCUUGUACGAAUGCUUGGCAACAUUCAGGCCAUGCUUCUUAUUGGCUGGCGACUAUGCAAGCUGUACGAGUCAGGCAAAAUGACGCCAGGUCAUGCUAGUUUAGGCAAGGCAUGGACGUCCAGGAAGGCGAGGGAGGUAGUUUCUCUUGGCCGGGAGCUAUUGGGCGGCAAUGGCAUUUUGGCUGAUUUUCUGGUUGCCAAGGCAUUCUGUGAUUUGGAGCCGAUUUUUUCGUACGAGGGCACCUAUGACAUUAACAGCCUGGUGACGGGCAGAGAGAUCACGGGGAUCGCUAGCUUCAAACCUGCUGUGUUAACGAAAUCACGCUUGUAAAAAUUCUCCUCGUUUUCUCUUACAGAGGAAGCCACAGUGAACACAAUAGACGCACACCUUGUAUAAAUUCUCAUGGUGGGAAUAAGAGCAACGGAAGAUUAUAUUAAUUGCACGGUCAGUUUUUCUGGUGCC